ACUGAAAACACCGUGUUUUAAUACCACUGGCGGUCUUAAUGUCGAGACUUUACUGUAAAUGAUAUUUUAUAUAUAUUUAUUUAUAAUCAACUUCCUUUUUCAGUUUACUAUUCGAUAUAUGUAUUGUUACAGCGUUUAAAGAUUUCUGUGUUGCUUGCCUUAUCACGUGGCGUUACAAAAUGGCAGCAGUGAUGGGUCGAACAGAACUUGGCGUCAAGGAGAUUGGUCGCAGCGUCACCAUUCCAAAUGACCCAAAAGCUCGGCUCAUGUAUUAUCUCGACUGUAUGUGCGUUGUCCUUGACCUUAGUGACACGGCCAAUCUAACAAGACUCAGAAACUACGCAUACUAUUAUACAUUGUCUGAAACAGAGACGGACGCCCUUGUUUCACUGUGCUUUCUUCUUUCUCCAGACGAGCUUUCGGGAAAAGUAAUAUUUCAGGAUGAUGAUAUGUGUGGAGACAGUAAUAACAACUUCUUUGAAAUAAGUGCUGUCCAACACAACUUGCUUCUGUCCGAUUCGAUCAUCAUUGGUGGACAACGACGGCACGUGUCUAAGAUAAUGGCGUUCAAGCAGCAUUGGCUCGUGACCAACUGGGUGACUCCCAUGCAACACUUUGCUCCUCGACUUGCAAGAAUUGCCGUCGGCGAGGCACCGCCAGAAGCCCCAAGAGCCAUAGAGUACAACAGAACAAACCAGUAUACAGCACAGCCUACUUAUACCAGCCAACCGCAGACGACAUAUUACAAUAGAAGUGACGACAGCGGCUGUUGUGUCAUAUUGUAAAUUACUGUUGCGUUAUCAGCAAAAUGUGUCAGAAACGUCACAAAUUAAGACGUUGAUUGUAGAAUAUGACUUUUAUAUUAAGGGGUAUACAAGUUGGAGAUAUAAUUUCAUUUUACACCUUAUAUUUUAAUGUAGCCAAUGCACAUGUGAUCUCCAAAUAUAAAUAAUUAUAGGAUUCAGACUUAUCAAUUUAGCCUCAUUUUCAUUUUGCCAGUCGAAAAAACCAUAUCAAUUCAGAAUAAUGUUCCAUCCGGUCUCGUUUUCACUUUCCGAGUUUAAAAUCUUUAUCAUUAUCACUAUAAUGUUCCUUUAAUCUUCAUUUUCAAUUUCAGUGUUUCACUUUUUUUUCUCGUAAAAAUGUCUAAAAGUUGAUGUGAAGUGGACAUGUCAGAACAGUACUGAUUUUAUUGGACUUGUACACAGCUACAAAAUUUGAAAACCUAUUUAAGACUUGCCUAGUGCCUUGUCCAAUAUACGUUUGACAAGCUCUGUGUACUCGUGCAAUAGAAUUUAGUAUUAAAAUCAGCCAUGUAAAAUAACCUCAUCUUAUCCCAUUAUCCCUAAAAAGAGUACAAUAGUGAUAAUGAUAAGGGUUUUUAAACUCGGAAAAUGAAAACGAGGCUGGCUGGAACAGUUUCAAUAAGGAAAAUGAAAACGAGGCUGACUAGAACAGUAACAAUAACUGUGCAACGUUGAAACAAUUGCAUCAUACAUAAGUAAUGUAACUGAACAUUAGAAACAUGUGUAACUUCACAUCGACAAUAACACCAGAGGUGUCAGACAUUUUGGUGUUCGCAAUCUACUAUCGUAAUUUUUCGGUAGAAUCAAAUAUGGUCGUUUGUGUGUAAGUGUGUGCAUGUGUGUGUGUUUUGUUGUUGUUGUUUUUUGUUUAAUACAUGUAUAUUAAAUUUUUAUCACUUGACUAGCAUUGUGUUUUAAUGUAUUUUAAUUCCUACUCAUUUCACACGUUAUAUAGUGUAAUGAUCUUCAAGCACUAUGUUAUAAUAUCAUAAUAAAUGAAUUUUAUACUUCA